AUGAAAUCUUCCAAAAAAACGUUUUCAAGAAACAUCAAUGACUAUAUUAUAAGACCUCUUUUAAGGCAGAGAGAGACUGGAGAACUUUGUGAUGUUUCUAUUAAACUAAAUGGACAAACAUAUCAAGCACACAAAGCCAUCUUAGCUCUAUGGAGUCCGUACUUUCUGUCAAUGUUCACGUGUGACAUGAGAGAGAAAGUUGCCGGAGAUGUGGACCUCAGUGAAUCCAUGUUACUCGACAGUGAUUCUGUGUUUUCAUCAGUGCUGGAUUACAUGUAUACAGGCUCUAUCAAUAUUUCAACUGGAAAUAUCGAAGAUAUCGUCCGAAUCUCUGAUUUUCUAUUGCUUGAUGAUGUCAAGGAUUAUUGCAAACAGUUUUAUCUUGAGCUU